AUGGCCGAUUGCUUCCGAUGGGGUUGUUCGCGACAUUUACGUAUGCUGAAGAUGCCAGUUAAUUCUGUAACUGAAUCGAAAAAAGGAGACGAAAAACCAAAAUUUUCCCUGUCAUUAAACAGAAAUAAUGCAACUUAUUUGAGCAGAGAAAAUAAGAAACCGAUAGAGAAUUCGAAGGAGAACAGUAGUGACCCUUUCAAGCAAUCCACUAGUAGUAAUAAAGAAAACAAGCCUUUGAAAAGACCUUUGAAGAGCUUAUACUCGAAUACUUUAUUAGUGGCGAAGAGAUUAAAGCCCCUGACUGAGUCAUCAAAGCCUACUACAGAGAGUUUAUAUAAUCCAGAACUCAUAGUAUUGGACCAGCCUUUGGCCCGCCCUGCCAUGUUGAAUGGCCAUCAUACGACAGACACUCAGUAUGCGGGGACUACACAACGCAAGGCCCCCAUCGCUACACUCUCCAAUUUGGGAAAUACAUGUUUCCUCAACAGUGUGCUCUAUACUUUAAGAUAUGCACCAAGGUUUCUACACAACUUACACCACCUUGUAGCAGACUUAGCCAGUGUAGAACAGAAACUUGGUAGCAUCAGAUUAAAAAGCUCUUCUUUGGGCAGAAGUGCAGCAGGUUUGGCAUCAUCAGGGACCAGAUCUUGGAGCAGUAAAGAUUUGUUGUCCCUGGGACAAUCAGACACUAGUGCAGGAAAGAGUAAGAUACAGAUAGCCACAGAGAAACUACACGAAACAUAUUUAAACUUGCGUGCUGCGGAGAGCAAAUGCCUGAACAGUAGUUCUGCAGAUGCCAGCCCUGAACCAUUUGCUGCCGACGCAUUUCUGGCUGCACUUAGAGAUGUUAACUCAACUUUUGAAGGCAACAGGCAACAGGAUGCUCAUGAACUGCUGGUGUGCAUACUAGACAACAUUAGAGAAACGUGUCGAGCUUUAAGCGCAAGAGCCAAUAGACUGCAACUUCAUGAGAAUGGUGACAGCAAUGGAAUUGGUCGACCAGCAAACCUAGAAACAGAAACUGGCAAGCCUACCCUUGGGCUCCGCAAGUCGUGGAAGAAACGCAAAGAGGUAAAAACCACUGAUAAGCGAGCUUCACCUACCGAUGACCGUCCACCCACACCCCCACCUGUUGAUAAAGAUGAACGAACCAGACCAGGAUGGGACUUCGUUGCUGAUGAUUUUGAAGGUACAAUGGUUGUACGCACAAUGUGUUUGGAGUGUGAAGCAGUGACAGAAAAGGCUCAGGCUGUUUGUGAACUGUGUGUGCCUGUAACUGAUGAUGAGGAGGACGAGGAGCCAUUCAAAGCAGCGUGUCUAUCUACUGAGUACCUACGUGAUCAGAAUAAGUACUGGUGCGAACGAUGUCUUCGUUACAACGAGGCGCGGCGUAGCGUGGCUUACUCGCGCUUGCCGCGCCUACUUGUGCUGCAGCUCAAGCGGUUCAGCGGCGGCAUGGAGAAGAUCACUCGCCACGCGCCCACACCCCUGUUCAUGCCCUGCUUCUGCGAACCCUGCGCCAAGAGGCCGCCGGAUCAACCUCCUACGCACAGGUACGUCUUGUGGGGCGUGAUAAUGCACCUGGGCCAGACGCUGACGGGCGGGCACUACGUGGCGUACGCGCGCGCGGCGGGCGCGGGGGCGGGCGCGGAGGCGUGCGGGCGCGAGGCGGGCGCGGGCGAGGGCGCGGGCGGCGGCUCGUCGUUCAUGCGCUCGCUGUUCAACCGGCCGCGCCCCGCGCCCGCGGGCUGCGCGGCGCGCGACUGCUGCGUGCCGCGCGCGCGCGACCCCGCCGCGCCCGCCUGGCUCGCGUGCGACGACGACCUCGUCAAGCCCAUCUCCGACGAGGAGUUCGAGGACCUGCUGUCGGCCGAGCCCAAGAUGCGCUCGGCGGCCACGCCCUACCUGCUGUUCUACGUCAAGAGCGAGGUCGGCUAG